AUGGAGUUACCUAAAAUAGUUGCUGCUGGAAAUCCCGGAAACGGAAAAACCAUCCCUAUUCCGGAAUCCUCGGGGAAUCCCUUCAAGCUGCCCUUGCCGCCCACCAAGACACCCCUGGCCAAGCCAAAGCCCUCAUCUUCUCCGGGCUACGCCAUCAAGGAAUCGCUCCAAGGACACAAUAACUGCGUUUCGGCAGUGAAGUUCAGUCCGGAUGGCGGUCAGUUGGUCAGCGGAUCGGCCGACAAGCUGCUCAUGACGUGGGACGUGGAGGUCGGCAGAUGCCUCCAAACGCUGGUCGGGCACGGGAAGGGCAUCAACGAUGUGGCCUGGUCGGCGGCGGGAUUACUGGCCAGUUGCAGCGAUGACAAGACCGUGCGGCUCUGGGAUCCUCGCAGCGGAGUCUGGGUCAAAACGCUGGAAGGGCACGGCGGCUACGUCUUCGCCUGCUCCUUCAAUCCGCAGUCCAACCUUCUGGCCUCCACCAGCUUCGACGAAACGGUGCGGUUGUGGGAUGUGCGCACUGGGAGAACCCUAAAAAAAGUGGCCGGCCACCAGGAUCCCAUCACUUCGGUGGACUUCAACCGCGAUGGCAGUCUCUUUGUCACCAGCAGCUUCGAUGGACUGGUGCGCGUGUGGGACUCAAGCACCGGCCAUCUGCUCAAGACGCUCAUCGAGGAUGAUAACACGCCGGUGGGCCAUGUGAAGUUCUCGCCCAACGGUCGCUACAUCCUGGCCUCCACCAUGAACAGCACCCUCAAGCUGUGGAAUUACCAAAAGCCCAAAUGCUUGCGGGUCUAUCGUGGUCAUGUCAAUGUGGCCUACUGCCUGACCUCCAACUUCUCCAUCACCGCGGGCAUUUGGAUUGUCUCCGCCAGCGAGGAUGAGACUCUGUGCAUUUGGGACCUGCAAAGCAAGCAGUUGGUCCAGAAGGUGGGCACCCAGGGCGACCGGGUGAUCUGCACCGACUGCCAUCCCACGGCCAAUGUGAUUGCCACCGGCGCAGUGCAGAACACUUUCGCCAUCAGAAUCUGGCAGAGCAGCGAGUAGUAGUAGUUGGAGCAAUCCAUUAGCCUUCCGAUUAA